CAACAUAAGCCUCUGCUCUGAACAGACAAUACCAUGUGGAUAUCAGACCAGGGAUGAUCACACCUCAUAGAACCCUGAGUUUCCACUGAGUAGAAUUGAUGUAUAGGGACAUUUAUUUCUGCAGAGGAGUUCUGAAUGGAAAGGGCAAACAACUCUCCUACAGGGCUGCUCCGGCCACCCACUGUGAUUGGUCAAUUCCACACUCUGUUCUUUGGCUCUGUGCGUAUGUUUUUCCUGGGGGUUCUGGGAUUUGCAGUUUACGGUAAUGAGGCUCUUCACUUUAGCUGUCUCUCUGACCGUAGGGAACUAAAUGUCUUCUGUUACAACCAGUUUCGACCAGUAACACCUCAGGUGUUCUGGGCCUUACAGCUUGUAACAGUCCUUGUACCAGGGGCUGUGUUCCAUCUUUAUGCAGCAUGUAAAUACAUGGACCAAGAGGACAUUCUCGAGCAGCCACUCAACACAGUCUUUUAUAUAAUAUCUGUGCUUUUGCGGAUGAUCUUGGAGGUGGCAGCAUUUUGGUUGCAGAGCCAUCUCUUUGGAUUUCAGGUUCAGCCUGUGUUCAUGUGUGAUGCCAGCUUACUUAAGCUUAAGGCCUUUAACUUCACAAAGUGUUUGGUCCCUGAGUACUUUGAAAAGACGAUCUUCCUCAGUGCAAUGUAUGCAUUCACCAUCAUCACUGUGAUUUUGUGUAUCGCAGAGAUUUUUGAAAUUCUUCGCAGAAGGUGGUGUUGUCUGAGCACACAAUGACAACUCUAUAUUUUUUUAUCAGUGUUUGUGCAAAAAAAUUAGUUUUUCAUAUUGUAAUGAUUUUUAAACAUCCAUCCAAGAGCUGUUUUAUCCUUUGUUUUGUUUUUGUUAUAUUAAGCAGUUAAUCUCAGGUACUGUACAGUAGAAUGGAAUAUGACUGCAAUGCAUUUAACUAAGGUCUACAAUUUAGGGUACACAAUACUAAUACAUUUUUUAAAUU